CAGCUCUUAGUAAGCGAGUAGAACUCUGGCCGCCGUUCACGAACCAAUAUGCGAAUUUGUGUCCUGGAACAUCAGAUGUGCCACCAGCUAAGGGUUGUAGAACACAAGCUCUCCAGAACGCGAAUGCACUGAGCACAACACCAGAGCGCAUUGUAGGGCAGAAGGGCGCAUAUUGGGACACAGCCUUAGUCAGCCAGGCAGACAGCGUGUGGACGCGGCUACAAUGUCACUGGAGCGAUGUCAGAGUGAAUGGAGCGAAAUAGACCGAGAAUAUCAGCAGCUGCAGGAGACUCACAAAGUGUACCGACAGAAGCUGGACGAGCUCACUAACCUCCAGGCUCUGUGCAGCACCGCCAUCUGCAAACAGAGGAAAGGGCUGAAGGAGCUCCGACACACGCUCCAUAACAGGUGUGCAAAAACAUGUGACGAAACAGACUCUGCAGUUAUAAAUGACCUGCAGGCACAGAUUAAAGAGAAGCAGAAUGUUUUCUUUGAUAUGGAAGCCUAUUUGCCAAAGAAGAAUGGGUUGUACUUAAAUCUGGUCCUUGGAAAUGUGAAUGUUACGCUACUUAGUAAUCAAGCAAAGUUUGCAUAUAAAGACGAGUAUGAAAAGUUCAAACUUUAUAUGACAAUAAUCCUGAUGCUUGGUGCCAUAACCUGCCUGUUUCUGCUCAACUACCGUGUUACUGAUGAAAUCUUCAAUUUUUUACUGGUGUGGUACUACUGCACACUGACUAUACGGGAGAGCAUACUGAUGAGUAACGGCUCCAGGAUUAAAGGCUGGUGGGUUUCACAUCAUUAUGUGUCAACGUUCCUGUCAGGUGUCAUGCUCACAUGGCCUGAAGGGCCGAUAUAUCAGCUGUUUAGGAGUCAGUUUCUGGCCUUUUCCAUCUACCAGAGUUUUGUGCAGUUUUUGCAGUAUUAUUAUCAGAGUGGCUGUCUGUACCGGCUCCGUGCUCUGGGGGAGAGGAACCAGCUGGACUUGACUGUGGAGGGUUUCCAGUCGUGGAUGUGGAGAGGUUUAACCUUCCUGCUUCCAUUUCUCUUCUUUGGACAUAUGCUGUGUUGUGUACAGUUCUGGCAGCUGUAUAACUCAGUGACGCUGUUCCGACUGGCUGCGCGCGACGACUGCAAGGAGUGGCAGGUGUUCAUGCUGGCGCUGACGUUUCUGGUGCUGUUCCUGGGGAACUUCCUGACCACGCUGAAGGUGGUUCAUCAGAAGGUGCAGAAGAACCAGACAAACGAGGAGGAGGAGCAUAAAAGCGAGUGAUUCUCCAGCUAAGACCACUGUGAGGCACUGUGGAGCUCAGCGGAGUCACACCUGUAAACACUACAGAGACUGCAGCCCCGAGGGUCUGAGAGCAGCUCACGGACCCUCUCACCUUUCCCUCUUUAUUUUUCGGCUCUGUUGUCUUUGCUGUUACGAGGUUUUAACAGUAAUUUUGGGGCUAGAACACUGCACACCUCAGCGUUUUAGACACUGUAGCUUAAAUACGCAAACAAACUCAGGUUUGUUUUGGGUCAGUGCAUGAAUGUUUACAUAGAAUCACAGGUACACUUUAUUUAGCAUUUUUCUGGGAGGCCCUCAGUGAGAGGUCUAAUGGAUGUGUGUGUGUGUGUGUGAGAGAGUGUAUGUGUGUGCAUAUGCACGUGAGAUUCUGCUGCUGAUGCUGUAUAGUGAUGAUGAUGAUGAUGAUGAUGAUGAAUAAAAGCUCAGUGAUACUGACCAUCCCCAGA